AUUUGGUGCUAUUAUUCUCUAGAGAUGCCCGAUGAGGAAAUAUAUAGUUUAGAAUGGUGUAGAUGUAGACCUGUACCAGACAUACAUUUGGCACGAAUGGUGAGGAAUCGAGAACUUGGUAGCCGGAAAUCAGGAACGCAUUAUUUUUCUGGUGCUAGAGAGUUUUAUCAGUGCAUUCAUCCCAGUCAAAGUGUAUCAGGGAUUGACAGGAAAAAUUUGAUCAUUAAAAGGUUUUCACCGGAUGGAAAUAGUCUUAUUUGUUUUUCGCCAGAUGGCCACGAUUUGCACAUUCGUGAUUAUAUUGGAUUUACAAAUGCAUAUAACAAACAGCAUGCAACAAUGUUUGAAGAUGUUUUUCCUGAACGUUUUAUGGUAAAUCUGGUCAUUGAAGAAGAAGGAGCCGUAUUGAAUGAAGAGUUCAUUUUUUUUACGGAGGAUUCUCGAUAUUUGUUGGUUGCCGUUGAAUAUCCUACAUCAGAAAGUGUGUUGACAUGGAACGAUAUCUAUCAAAAUAGUGAAUCUAACCCCCCGGUUUCAUUUCAACGACUCAUUAAUUACAUUAUUUAUUCCAUUGACCUUAGGAAUGGUGAUAUAUGUGACAAGUAUUUCUUGAAUGCUGAUCGCCUAUGGAUAUCAUAUGGUGUAAAUUUGGUUGGACAUCUUCUUGCUAUUCUUUCAUAUCAGCACCAAACCCUUCAUUUCUUACAUAUAGACGAAAAUACUGGCUUCUUUAAUGUACUUGGCCGUGUAGGGAGAUAUUUGCUAGCUGAUGAUGAAGAUCUUGUAUUAGCGGCAGAGAAAAGUGGAAAUAGUCUUGCUGCAGAUGUUGUUCUUAGUGGUGUAAAGCAACGAAUCCUGUCAUACCUUUAUCAUCAUUGUUCAGAUUCAUCUGAAAGAUAUAAUUUUUUGAAUUAUUUCUCGCAGUUUCGGUCAUUGAGAAUGUGGCAGAUGCAGCUUAUAACUCCGGCUAUUGUUUUAAUUCGUUUCGUUCAUGAAGAAACAUUUAUUGCGACCUUAGGGACUGGAAAUUACCCAUUACUCCUAGUACUUAUGGAAUGGCAGACAGGAAUUAUAUUGGGUGUUUAUGAUCGUUACUCUACUGAUUUCCUAAAAUUGUUGCAAAACUGUCAAGAAGAAUUCAGAUAUCCGCAUGUUUACAACAAUCGUUUUCCUUGCACCAUUCAGCAUUGCCACGCAGCACUAAUGAUCUAUAACCGUAUGAAAGAUGCUCUCACAAAUACAAGUGGAGGAUCUGAUAAAGAAACCCGAAGACGCAUUAUAUGUGGAGUGCCUUAUUCAUUUACUUCUGUUCCCGUAGAAACACCAUAUUUGGAUCCGUCAAUGUUUCGCUUUGAUGAUUAUUUAACAGCAAUGGUUGAAAGGGCGAAAUUAAGCGAUAAUGAGGCAAUCAAUUUAAGAUUUUUCUCACGUAUAACAAAUCUACCUCUCUUCGAAAUGCAUCUCAAUGAAGGACGCGCUGUUCAACUUCUCUUUCAUCCAACUGAUCCGUUUGCAAUUUCAAUGGAUCGAACAUCAGAAUCCCAAACUAUUACCUUCCAUCUACCUCCUUAUGUCACACCUGAUGAUCCUUGCUAA